UGCGCCUUGCCUUAGACUCUCACUCGACGACGGAGAGCAGAUAUGGGAAACGCAGCAUCAGGACUUGGGCAGGGCGGGCCGCCGAACCCGAACCAGGACAAGGACAAGAAGGAGAAGGACCAGAAGAAGAAAUGGGAGCCGCCCCUCCCGACGCGCGUCGGAAAGAAGAAGCGCAAGGGCCCUGCCACCGCGUCUAAACUCCCUCCUGUCUACCCCACCACCCGCUGCCGCCUCAAAUUACUGAAGAUGGAGCGCAUCAAGGACUACCUGCUCAUGGAGGAGGAGUUCAUCCAGAACCAGGAGCGCCUCAAGCCCGAGACGCGCGAGGAGAAGAACGAGGAGGACCGCUCGAAGGUGGACGACCUGCGCGGGAGCCCGAUGGCGGUGGGCACGAUGGAGGAGAUCGUGGACGACGACCAUGCGAUCAUCAGCACGUCGAGCGGGCCCGAGUUCUAUGUGUCGAUCAUGAGCUAUGUGGACAAGGACUUGCUGGAGCCGGGCUGCCAGGUACUGCUGCAUCACAAGACGCAGUCCAUCGUGGGCGUGUUGCAGGAUGACGCGGACCCGAUGGUCAGCGUUAUGAAACUCGACAAGGCGCCAACGGAGAGCUACGCGGAUAUUGGUGGCCUGGAACAGCAGAUUCAGGAGAUCAAGGAAUCCGUCGAGUUGCCACUUACCCACCCCGAAUUGUACGAAGAGAUGGGUAUCAAGCCGCCAAAGGGUGUCAUCCUUUACGGUGUACCCGGUACUGGCAAGACCCUCCUCGCUAAGGCCGUCGCCAACCAAACAUCCGCUACCUUCCUCCGUAUUGUCGGCUCCGAGCUCAUCCAGAAAUACCUCGGAGACGGCCCGAAGCUCGUCCGCGAACUCUUCCGCGUGGCUGAAGAGCAUGCGCCAAGUAUCGUCUUUAUUGACGAGAUUGACGCGGUCGGUACGAAGCGAUACGACUCAACAUCUGGUGGCGAGCGCGAAAUUCAGCGUACCAUGUUAGAACUGCUUAACCAGCUGGACGGCUUCGACACACGAGGCGAUGUCAAGGUCAUCAUGGCCACGAACAAGAUCGAGUCCCUCGACCCCGCCCUUAUCCGUCCUGGACGUAUCGACCGAAAGAUCGAGUUCCCGCUACCCGACGUGAAGACGAAGCGUCAUAUCUUCCGCCUCCACACGUCCCGUAUGAACCUCAGCGAGGACGUUGAUCUCGAGGAGUUCGUCAUGACAAAGGACGACCUCUCCGGCGCCGAUAUUAAGGCGGUGUGCACAGAGGCGGGUCUUUUGGCGCUGCGCGAGCGGCGGAUGCGCGUGACGAAGGCGGACUUCACGUCCGCGAGGGAGAAGGUCUUGUAUAGGAAGAACGAGGGCACGCCCGAAGGUCUUUACUUGUAAUUUUGCAUUGUCAUACGUCGUAUACAUCAUUUUCCUUUGCAUGAAUCGCACGCAUGUGUAGCUCCAUUGAUUUGCAAGAUGCCCCAGUCGAACUCUCCUCCCGGCUGCUGCUGAACGUUUUCGGUGUCAAUUAUGGACCCGCUGCAAGAAGUCGGUGUAUCAGCGAUGCUUAUCUUGCCCGCCUUCAUUCUGUUUCGUAGCGCUGUUGCCAUUGCACUGUAAAAUUGCCAUUGUUAAUCCAGGGUUCAUUGAAGGUUAUAUGCUCAUUGGUGUAUCCCCGAGUCAGAAGGUG